GAACCUGACACGAGACGCUUCAGAUUGUCGUUCAAACAUGUGAACAUCUCAGCGAGGGUCUUAAGAAACAACGAGGUCAGAUAUAAGAUCCGGUCAAAACGUAGAGUAGAUGGGAGGAAGUAUGGACGGAAUAUAUUUGGGUAUGUUUUUGUGAAACUUAAAGACAUGUACAACUUCACAUCAUUGCGCGCUCAUGGAGAGCCAGCGGGUCGCAUCUUUCUGGCUUUCGCUCUUUCUCUCCUCGUGCUGUGGACGUUAUUGGGGAAUUUCACCGUUUGCGCAGCGGUUUUGCGCUUCCGUCACCUGAGAGGGAAAGUCACCAAUAUCUUUAUUGUGUCUCUGGCGAUGUCGGACUUGCUGGUGGCUGUUCUCGUGAUGCCGUGGAAAGCGGCCACGGAGGUGACCGGACACUGGGCGUUUGGCUCUUUCUGCGAGUGCUGGGUGGCUUUUGACAUUAUGUGCUCCACAGCUUCCAUCCUCAACCUGUGCGUAAUCAGCUUGGAUCGAUACUGGGCCAUUUCAAACCCGUUUCAAUACGAGAGGAAGAUGAACCGCAGACUCGCCCUCGUUAUGAUAAGCGUAACGUGGAUCGUAUCGCUGGCUAUUUCAUUCGUGCCCGUGCAGCUGAACUGGCACAGGGCAGACCUGGGCACGGUAACCACAAAUAACUGGACCACCAGGGAAAUGUGUGACUCGAUUCUAAGCAGAACGUAUGCCGUUUCCUCCUCUCUGAUAAGUUUUUACAUUCCCGUGGCAGUGAUGCUGGUCACAUACACGCGCAUCUACCGCAUUGCUCAGGUUCAAAUCAAGACCAUCUCUUCGCUGGAGCGCGCAGCGGAGCGCGCACAGAACUGCAGGGCAGGAGCGCGCACCUGUCCUCUCCAGCACCGCGCGAUCAGAGAAACCAAACUGUUCAAAACUCUGUCCGUGAUUAUGGGGGUGUUUGUGUGCUGCUGGUUUCCGUUCUUCGUCCUGAACUGUGUGAUUCCUUUCUGCCACGACCCGAAUUGUGUCAGUGAGGCAACUUUUAACGUGUUCGUGUGGUUCGGCUGGUGCAAUUCAUCGCUCAACCCGAUCAUAUAUGCUUUUAACUCUGAUUUCAGAGAUGCUUUUGCACGACUUCUGUGCUGCCAUGACCUGUGCAUCAAAACACCUCUUCUCAAAACAAGGCUUAAGUGUAGAGGAGACUUGGAUAGUUGUGAAUAUAGUGAAUAUUUCUCUAAGGUUUUAUUUUGA